UGUGACAGCUAGGCUGAGUGCUGGGCCAUUAAAACUGUUAAAAUCAAGAAAUUGUGAGUUUCUUUGUCGACGAAAACCGAUUCCCGACAAAAGUGGCGACCCAGCCAGGACCGACUGAAGAUAUUCAAAACUUUGAUAUCGAUUUGUACCCGUAAAAAACACAGCACAGCGCACAGAUAACGUGUAAACAACAUGUCGGAGCUGGAACAAGCGCUGAAGAAGAUCGACUCUAAAUUCCGGCUAUUGGAAUUCACGCGAGAUGACGUCCCCAGAAUUCAAGAAAAGAAAGAUUUGAAGGCGACAGAGCGAUUGCAGAAGACUUUGGAGAAACAGAUCGAUAGCGUUCACGAACAGAUGGUGGAAAUACAAGCACUGAAAAUAGAGAAAGGAGAAGAACCGGACCACGUGCGUAAAUGGAGCUUGGGGAUCGAAAAACAAGUCGCAGAAUACGAAGAGAUAACUCAGGAUGUUAGGAAAACCGUCAAAAACCUGCGUGAAGAAGCCUCACGGGAAGCGAAAUGGGAGGAAGAGAAGGCCGAAGAGGAAAAUCGCAAGCGGCGUUAUGAAGAAGAGCUAAAAUUAGAGGAGGCGAAAAUGCAGAUUAAGAGAGAUUUUGAGAAGAAAAUGGAAGAAGAUCGGAACAAGUCCGUGAAGGAAAGCGGUGCAAAGCUGCCAAAAUUAACUAUAACUAAGUUCCAAGGUACCCAUUUGGAUUGGCUACGAUUUUGGAGUCAGUUCGACACCGAAAUAGACCAAGCUGCCAUUACGCAAGUGGCAAAGUUCUCGUACCUGAAAGAGCUCCUUGUCCCGAAAGUUCGAUCUGCCGUCGAUGGCCUACCUUACAACACCGAGGGAUACGAACGUGCUAAAGCUAUCUUAACAGCGAAGUACGGAAAACCGAGUGAAGUCGCCAACGCCCACAUCCAGCGUAUUAUUGCUUUGCCUACUGUACAGGGAUCGCAGCCAGCAAAAGUACACGAUUUUUAUGAAAAACUGGCCACAAACGUUCAAGCACUCGACACGAUGGGAAAAAUAAAGGAAAUCAACGGUUAUGUUAGAGUCACUCUGGACAAAUUACCUGGUAUCAGGGCUGACCUUGUUCGCUUGGAUGACAACUGGCAUGAGUGGGCGUUCCCUCAGAUGUUGGAGGCACUUCGUAAAUGGUGUGACAGGAAUCCUUUAAACUCUUCCGACCAACCAAACAAGUCGCGAGACAGAUUAUUCAACUCAAGGCAAGAAGAUUAUCGACAAAGACCGUGCGUUUACUGCAAUUCAACCAGCCACAAGUCUGUUAACUGUGACAAGAUAGCGAGUGUCGGAGACAGGAAGAAGCAUCUCAGUGAGAGAAGGUUGUGUUUUAAUUGCACUGGCACAAGACACAGAGCUACAGAUUGUCGUAUUACUAGAGGCUGCCAGAAGUGUCAUGGAAGACACCACACAUCAAUCUGUGACAAAGAGCCCCAACAGUUACUACUAGCUACAUUUGAAGAUGAAGUUGUUUACCCAGUGGUAGUCGUCAACGUGAAUGGGAUAACAUGCCGAGCUUUAUUGGACACAGGGGCCGGAAGCUCUUAUGCUUCAGCUACAUUGGUCAAGCACCUUGGGAAACAACCAGCCAGAUCAGUGUUCAAGAAGAUUGACAUGAUGCUGUGCUCAACCAACCAGAAAAUUGAACAGUAUGAUGUCAGCAUUUCAAGUAUUCAAGGGAAAUUUGAGAUGACAACGAUGGUGAGUAAGGUCGAUAAGAGUGUCCUUCUAUCAAUUCCAAAUCCCAGAUACGCUGAUAAGAUCAAGACAUUUUCACACCUCGCGGGUGUUACCAUGGAUGAUGAAGAUACCAAGCCCGAACUACCAAUUCAUCUAAUACUGGGAGCAAGUGAGUACUCCAGAAUAAAGACCCACACUAAGCCGAAGAUUGGCAAGGCUGGUGAACCGAUCGCUGAACUAACUACACUGGGGUGGACCAUGAUGUCGGCAGGCAAGGAAAUGGGGCUAAACAGUGUCUACCUGACCAGAACGUCUUCAGUAGAGUAUCAACAGCUGUGUAGUCUAGACGUGUUGGGCCUUCAAGACAGACCAGAUGGAGAUCAGCAGAGCGUGUAUGAAGAAUUUAAAGAACAGUUAAGGCGGAGCGACGAGGGAUGGUAUGAAACAGGUUUGCUGUGGAAACAUGGUCACAAGCCGCUCCAAAGCAACGAGCAUGGAAGUCUCCGAAGACUUGAAAACCUCACGAAGAAACUUCAAAGACAGCCCGAUCUCCUCGCGCAGUAUGACCAGAUAAUUCAAGACCAACUGGAGACGGGGAUCGUUGAGAGAGUGACGUCAGAACCUGUAGGAAGGGAGUUUUACAUUCCACACAAGCCUGUCAUUAGAGAGUCAGCUGAAUCCACCAAACUGCGAAUUGUGUUCGAUGCAUCAGCGAAAGCUAACGAGAAGAGUCCAUCAUUGAACGACUGCUUGGAAACAGGACCGGCUCUUCAGAACCUCCUGUGGGAUGUUCUAGUGCGAAACCGCCUGAAACCAAUAGCUCUGGCCGGCGACCUAAAGCAAGCAUUUCUACAGGUGCGCAUUCGGAUGGAAGAUCGAGAUGCCCUUCGGUUCCACUGGUUUAAGAACAAAGCGACAUCUGAAGUAGAAGUUCUCAGGUUCACCCGUGCACUGUUUGGCCUUGUGCAGUCACCUUUCUUGCUAGGAGGGACAUUGCAGCAACACUUGGAGAGCCAGAGAGAAAAGUACCCAAAAGAAGUAGAAGACAUCCUGCAGAGCUUGUAUGUUGACGAUGUGAUAACUGGUGGAGAAACCGUGGAGGAGGUGCGCGCACUCAAGGAAAUUGCCGUGGCAGUAUUUGGAGAAGCCCAGUUCGAGCUACACAAGUGGCAUUCCAAUGCACCAGAGUUGGAAGUGAACUCAGCACCAGAUGAAUGCAACCAAAGUUAUGCCAAGGAACAACUCGGAGUUAAACCUGGAGAAACAAAGAUGUUAGGCCUACCAUGGAACAAAACCGAAGACACGAUUGCUGUAACCUUCCCGGAGUCACCCCCUGAAGUAACCAAGAGAGAAAUGUUGCGAUUCCUUGCUUCAAUUUACGAUCCACUGGGUGUCACAUCACCAGUAUCUCUCGUCGGAAAGCUGCUUUACCGAGAGGUGUGCGACCUGAACCAAUCAUGGGACAAGGAAGUACCAAAGUAUAUCGAAAGAAAGUGGAAACAAUUCGAGAAAAAUCUACCUGACCAAGUUGCAGUUCCACGCCCGGUGACGGCUUUCCAGGAAGCGAUUGAUGCCAUUGAUUUGCACGCGUUCGGAGACACAAGCGGGACAGGGACAGCAGCUGCCGUGUAUGCUGUGGUUCAUCAAGCAAGUGGCUCAAAUCAAAGACUAUUAGCAGCUAAAGCGCGCCUCGCGAAGAAGGGGCUAACUAUCCCAAGGCUAGAACUGGUCUCAGCGCACAUGGCGGCAAACCUUGUAGCAAACGUGAAGAAUGCCCUUCAAGGACAGCCCGUGAAGUCGGUUUAUGGAUGGCUUGAUAGCACAGUGGCCCUCCAUUGGAUCAGGGGAGGAGGAGGAAGUACCUAUAAACAGUUUGUGGCAAACAGGGCACAGAAGAUCAGAGAGAAAGAUUUCAUAGAAUGGAGACAUGUUGGAACCAGCCAGAAUCCAGCGGACAUCGGCAGCAGAGGCUGUGAUGGAGACAAGUUACCCGGGCUGUGGUUGGAAGGACCGGAAUGGUUGUCAGAUCUCGAGCGCUGGCCACCUCAUCUACUCACAGAACCAACGGAGGAAACGGAAGCAGAAGCGAAGUUAACUAAGGAACUCUUCCGGACUGCUGUAGAAACAAAAAACGAGCUAGAUAACAUCUUAGAGAAGCACAACUACUGGACAACAAUCCGAGUAACAGCAUGGAUCAGGCGCUUCCUGGAUAACUGCAGGUUGAGCAAAGAAGCACGAACCCGAGGUCCUUUGACAACGGCUGAGACUGAUAAGCAAGCACAGUGGUGGUUCAGGAGAGCACAAGAAAGCUACAGUGGAACAGAAUAUUUCAAGCAAGACCAGUUAAGACUCAACUUGCAGAAGAAUGGUUUGGGGCUGUACGAGUGUCGUGGUAGAAUACAAGGAAGCUAUCCAAUUUACCUUCCUCCAGAUGCCCCGUUGUCAGAGAAGUUAACCCAGGACGCACAUAUCAUGACGUUACACGGGGGAGUUGGUCUCACUAUGGCUUUUAUCAGGGGCGAGUUUUGGAUACCCCGGCUGAGAAGUUUAACAAAAAGGGCAAUUAAAAGUUGUUUUGGAUGCAAAAAGUUCCAAGCAGCAGCAUUACAAAAACCACCUCCUGGAAACCUUCCAAAUGACCGUACCUCUGGCUCAGUUCCAUUCCAAGUAGUGGGCGUCGAUUACGCCGGUCCAAUUUCUUAUAAAAUCGGCAAGAAAAGAGGAGACGGGAAAGCCUAUAUUUUGCUGUUUGCAUGUAGUCUCACGAGGGCCAUCCACUUGGAGCUGUUGACUAACCAAACAGCUGAGGAAUUCGUCAAAAGCUUCAAGCGCUUCAUAGCAAGAAGGGGCAGGCCACAAAGAGUGUACUCCGACAACGGGAGAAGUUUCGUUGCGGUUUCAAAGUGGUUAAAAAGGAUCAUGAAGGACGAGAAGCUCCAUGACUACCUAGCCCACCACCAUAUUGCAUGGCAAUUCAACUUAAGCAGGGCCCCUUGGUGGGGCGGCCUAUUCGAGAGGAUGAUAGGACUUGUAAAGCAGGCCUUGUACAAGUCUAUAGGGGGAGCCCACCUUACAUGGGGUGAGCUGGAAGAGGUGAUCCUGGACGUUGAAGUCACUCUCAACAACCGCCCCCUGACUUAUGUAGAAGACGAUAUCCAACUACCCGUGCUGACACCCAACAAAAUGAUGUUCGGUCAACCCAACCUGCUGCCCGAAGAUGAUGUUGAUUCGAUGGAGGACGGGGAUCUGAGGAAACGUGCAAGACAUAUUCGGCGCUGUAAGGACGUGCUAUGGUCCCGAUGGACAGGGGAGUAUAUCAAGAGCCUGCGAGAGAGGCACAAUCUCAACCACAAGAAGGGAGGACCGCCUAUCAAGGAAGGUGAUGUCGUGUUAAUCCAAAAUGACGAGCGUAACAGAGGAAAGUGGAACCUCGGGAUCGUGGUGAAAAAGUGGAAACAAUUCGAGAAAAAUCUACCUGACCAAGUUGCAGUUCCACGCCCGGUGACGGCUUUCCAGGAAGCGAUUGAUGCCAUUGAUUUGCACGCGUUCGGAGACACAAGCGGGACAGGGACAGCAGCUGCCGUGUAUGCUGUGGUUCAUCAAGCAAGUGGCUCAAAUCAAAGACUAUUAGCAGCUAAAGCGCGCCUCGCGAAGAAGGGGCUAACUAUCCCAAGGCUAGAACUGGUCUCAGCGCACAUGGCGGCAAACCUUGUAGCAAACGUGAAGAAUGCCCUUCAAGGACAGCCCGUGAAGUCGGUUUAUGGAUGGCUUGAUAGCACAGUGGCCCUCCAUUGGAUCAGGGGAGGAGGAGGAAGUACCUAUAAACAGUUUGUGGCAAACAGGGCACAGAAGAUCAGAGAGAAAGAUUUCAUAGAAUGGAGACAUGUUGGAACCAGCCAGAAUCCAGCGGACAUCGGCAGCAGAGGCUGUGAUGGAGACAAGUUACCCAGGCUGUGGUUGGAAGGACCGGAAUGGUUGUCAGAUCUCGAGCGCUGGCCACCUCAUCUACUCACAGAACCAACGGAGGAAACGGAAGCAGAAGCGAAGUUAACUAAGGAACUCUUCCGGACUGCUGUAGAAACAAAAAACGAGCUAGAUAACAUCUUAGAGAAGCACAACUACUGGACAACAAUCCGAGUAACAGCAUGGAUCAGGCGCUUCCUGGAUAACUGCAGGUUGAGCAAAGAAGCACGAACCCGAGGUCCUUUGACAACGGCUGAGACUGAUAAGCAAGCACAGUGGUGGUUCAGGAGAGCACAAGAAAGCUACAGUGGAACAGAAUAUUUCAAGCAAGACCAGUUAAGACUCAACUUGCAGAAGAAUGGUUUGGGGCUGUACGAGUGUCGUGGUAGAAUACAAGGAAGCUAUCCAAUUUACCUUCCUCCAGAUGCCCCGUUGUCAGAGAAGUUAACCCAGGACGCACAUAUCAUGACGUUACACGGGGGAGUUGGUCUCACUAUGGCUUUUAUCAGGGGCGAGUUUUGGAUACCCCGGCUGAGAAGUUUAACAAAAAGGGCAAUUAAAAGUUGUUUUGGAUGCAAAAAGUUCCAAGCCGCAGCAUUUCAAAAACCACCUCCUGGAAACCUUCCAAAUGACCGUACCUCUGGCUCAGUUCCAUUCCAAGUAGUGGGCGUCGAUUACGCCGGUCCAAUUUCUUAUAAAAUCGGCAAGAAAAGAGGAGACGGGAAAGCCUAUAUUUUGCUGUUUGCAUGUAGUCUCACGAGGGCCAUCCACUUGGAGCUGUUGACUAACCAAACAGCUGAGGAAUUCGUCAAAAGCUUCAAGCGCUUCAUAGCAAGAAGGGGCAGGCCACAAAGAGUGUACUCCGACAACGGGAGAAGUUUCGUUGCGGUUUCAAAGUGGUUAAAAAGGAUCAUGAAGGACGAGAAGCUCCAUGACUACCUAGCCCACCACCAUAUUGCAUGGCAAUUCAACUUAAGCAGGGCCCCUUGGUGGGGCGGCCAAUUCGAGAGGAUGAUAGGACUUGUAAAGCAGGCCUUCUACAAGUCUUUAGGGGGAGCCCACCUUACAUGGGGUGAGCUGGAAGAGGUGAUCCUGGACGUUGAAGUCACUCUCAACAACCGCCCCCUGACUUAUGUAGAAGACGAUAUCCAACUACCCUUGCUGACACCCAACAAAAUGAUGUUCGGUCAACCCAACCUGUUACCCGAAGAUGAUGUUGAUUCGAUGGAGGACGGGGAUCUGAGGAAACGUGCAAGACAUAUUCGGCGCUGUAAGGACGUGCUAUGGUCCCGAUGGACAGGGGAGUAUAUCAAGAGCCUGCGAGAGAGGCACAAUCUCAACCACAAGAAGGGAGGACCGGCUAUCAAGGAAGGUGAUGUCGUGUUAAUCCAAAAUGACGAGCGUAACAGAGGAAAGUGGAACCUCGGGAUCGUGGUGAAGCUAAUGCAAGGUAGAGACGGAGUCGUCAGAGCAGCAAGACUGAGAGCAGGCAAAUCCUAUCUGGAGCGGGCGAUCCAACAGUUGUGCCCCAUGGAGUUGUCCUGUGACAGGACCCAAAAACCUCAAGAUCCAGUUCUUAACCCUACAGCUCGGGUGUUUACACCCAGGAGAGCGGCUGUGGCUGCUACAGAGCGCAUAAGGGCUAUUGCUGAUCAAGAAGAACACCAAAGGAACGAGAAAAGUGCAAAAUUUGACAGGCCACAUGUAUGGGCAAGUGGCUCUUGUCUGAAAUUAGAUGUGUAUACCCAGACAGAUUCUUCAUUUGUGUCAGACAACUACACAAAAUCCCUG